AUGUCGACACUGCAGGUUUUUCUGGCAGAGGUGCUCACUGGAACAGAGAGACACUGGGAAUGUGAUGGGAGCGAUCCUUGUAGGGAUGGCAACCUCAUGCAGGACCGAGAUAAUCCUGUAUCGAUCCCGUACUCACAGAAAGUGUCCUUGCCUGUGGGCUCUACAGUGACGAUCAGAGGCAAAGCUAACAAUGCUUUCCGAAAGGAGCCGCGCAUGCAGGUGGACUUCCACACUGGCCCCACCGAGCGGUCUGACAUCGCCUUCUCCUUCCAAGUGUACUUUGGCAAAUUUGUGAUCAUGAACAGUUUUCAGAAUCCUGGCUGGGGACCUGAGGUUAAAUUCUUCGAUAUGCCCUUUGCAGAAGACACACAAUUUGAACUGUGCAUCUCAGCCCUGGACAAUGAGUACCAGGUUUCAUUAAAUGGCAAAUACUAUCACAGCUUUGCCUAUCGAAUGCCACUGAGUUCUGUGCAGAUGAUACAGGUGUGGAGAGAUGUCUUCCUGGAUUCACUGGUUUUCUAGGAGGGACAGUGAGCAGACUCCCCAGCAUGAAAGGAGGUUUUCCUCGCUCUGGAUGACCGAGAUGCUCCCAGAGCCCACUGACAAUGAUUCCACAUCACCCCCCA